AUGGAGGCCAGAGAGAUGGUCCUCCGACUCCCGGGUCGUGCAAGCUCACUCAGUGGCUUUGGUCAGACAACGGUGUUGCGGCACAAAGAGGUUCAUCAUUUCUUCUUUGUCCCCUUCAGGGAGCAGCCCAUCUACAGCACACGGGCACAUGUCUUCCAGAUCGACCCCAAUACCAAGAAGAACUGGAUGCCCACCAGCAAGCAUGCAGUCACGGUCUCCUACUUCUAUGACAGCACCAGGAAUGUGUACAGGAUCAUCAGCCUGGAUGGGUCAAAGGCUAUAAUAAACAGCACCAUCACCCCGAACAUGAGCUUCACGAAGACGUCGCAGAAGUUUGGGCAGUGGGCAGAUAGCCGUGCCAACACGGUGUAUGGGUUGGGGUUCUCCUCAGAGCAUCAUCUGUCGAAGUUUGCAGAUAAGUUUGCGGAGUAUAAAGAAGCAGCCCGCUUAGCCAAGGAGAAGUCCCUGGAGAAGAUGGAACUGGCGAGCUCUCCAUCUCAGGAAUCGCCUGCUGACAUUCACUCGCCUCUGACCCCUCCCGUCUCCGCUGACCUCUGCCGAGUCAACGGCACUGGCGAUGAUGUCACCUUGUCAGACGCAUCGCCAAAUUCGGAGCUCCAAUCAGAUCUGUCCCCAACCACCCCGACCCUUGCGCACAGUCCGACUACCACCAAGCACUGGGAAGCUGAAUUGGCAGCGCUGAAGAGCAACAAUGCCAAACUAACAGCGGCGUUGCUGGAGUCCACUGCCAACGUCAAGCAGUGGAAACAACAGCUGGCUGCUUAUCAGGAGGAGGCUGAGAGGCUUCAUAAAAGGGUAUCAGAACUGGAAAGCCAAAGUAAUCAAGCCAAUGCGAUCAAGUGUCAGAAAUCAGAGCUCAACAAAACCAUAGAGGAAUUGGAGGCCACACUGAAGGCUAAAGAAGAGGAAAUGGAGCGUCUGAAAGAGGAAGUGGAAAAAGCCAAGCAGCUACAGUCAGAGAAAGAGACGCUUGAACAGAAACUAGAGGCCACAGAUGCGAGGAACAAGGACCUGGAAGAGCAGUUAGCUGAUGUAGAGCAGCGCCUGGAGACGAGCCAGGUAGAGCAGGAGAGCUUCCGCAAGAGCCUCAAAACACUGCUGGAGAUCCUGGACAGCAAGAUCUUCGAGCUGACAGAGAUGAGGGACAACCUGGCCAAACUCAUAGAAGACAGCUAGAACACAUUGCCUUCGUGUCUGCCUCAGAAAACCUGGACUUACGAGGUACAUGGUGAC